UGAAACUGUCUUUACCUCGCUGUGUUUUGCUAGCUAUUUAAACUUUCGUUUUCCAGUCUGGUUUCGUUUCUUUGUAAACACUGUCCUUCAGCUGAAAACAAUUUCAUUUCCCUGUAUGCCUCACUGUUCACACUUCACAAUGUUAAAGAGAGCCAUGUUUCUCUGCGGACAGCUGCGCUCUCGCGUAUUUGCGGUGGAGUUUGAUUUGCGCAAAGAACCUUUUUAUUUCUCAUUGAGCACAAGCCCUCAGCUUUUGAGUAAUCUUGAUUAUCAGCAGCUCUUCGGAGAGGAUGGCAAACUAUACUCGUUGCACGUUCACUGCGAUGACAGAAUUCAGAAGGCGCGAGCUCACGCUGAAAUAAAACACGGGCUGUCUGAAAAACUUCCACGAGAUUGCGACGUAUUCGAAGCGUCCUCCUAUGUCCCAGAUGUCAAAAACAGCGUCGACAAAGGCUUUUUUAUACGGGACAGAUCCACUACAGCUCUUUCAGAGGAAAUAUUAAAGAAAUAUCACCAAAAUAAAUCGGUAUGUGUGAUUUCAUACAAGCGCGAGGGUCAGUACUGCUGGCAGGAGAUGUGGUCACCUGUCAAUCAAGUGGAGCAAGUAGAGAGACAUUACGUCACACCUGCAGCAGCCCCAGAGUAUCACCCAUCCACACUAAACAUCAAGAACUCUGAUGUGUACUACUGUAUUGACGAAGCCUAUAAGGUCCUUCGAGAGUGCAGUGACAUUAUCCCUGAGUCAAAGGAAGUUCUGCAGCUAGUGGACGAACAGGUGGAGACCAGCAGAGGAGAUGGUUUUCCAGUCAUUGUAAUCGAGGGACUGGAUGCUACAGGUAAAACUACUCUCACAGAAGCCCUGCGGGAGUCUCUGAAUGCCACCCUUCUGAAAUCUCCUCCCCAGUGCCUGGCUUCUUUCAGACAGCGCUUUGACUCUGAACCACCCCUCAUCCGCAGGGCCUUUUAUGCUCUGGGGAACUACAUCACCGCAGCACACAUAGGGAAAGAGUCCUUGAGGGCUCCUGUCAUAGUGGACAGGUACUGGCACAGCACAGCAGCAUAUGCCUUUGCCACAGCAGUAAGUGGAAGAGUGGAAAACCUCCCUAGACCAUAUUCAGAACUGUACCAGUGGCCAGAAGACCUGCUCCAGCCAGACCUUGUGCUGCUCCUGACUGUCAACCCAGAGGAGAGACUGAGAAGACUCAGCGACAGAGGACAGGGAAAGACCAUCGAGGAGACAGAGCUAGAGGUCAAUCAACUGUUCAGACUGAAAGUGGAAGAAGCUUACAAGAGAAUCCAGAAUCCUGCCUGCAUCAUCGUGGAUGCCAGCCCCUCUCCCCAAGAAGUGCUACAACAAGUGCAGUUUUUAAUAAGGAACAAUUGUCACCUGUAAACACCCAUUUUCUGCAAGUCAGGAAGCCGUGCAAUCACUCUGCAUUCCACUAGAUGGUAGUGUAGUGUUAUGAUUUUAUCCCAAGUAGUCUAAAACCCCACUGUAAAAGUCCCAGUCAGCUGAGCCUGUUGAUUGAAAGGGAGGCUGGUGGCAAACAGCCAGUGCAUAUUUCAGGGCUCCUAUCUGGACAUGUCACAACAUAUUCCCCUUUCCACAGAGCUUUAGUGAUGACACGAGAGGGAAAGUUUUUGCGGGUGUUGUAGCUGCCUCUCUCAGACUUAUUCCCUCUGAAACACAGGAACUCAACUAAAGAGGUUUGAGAAUUCAUCAAUCACUUCAAUUCGAUUUAAACACAAGAACUCAUUGUUGGUCAGCUCGACGUUCACUCCUUUAGGAGCUGGAAGGGACUUUAUGGGGAUAUUAAAAGCAAUAGAUCUGAUCUGGGCAAUUUAAACUUUGUUUGAUUUGUUACUGUUUCUUUUGGACACAGACACUGAUUAUUAAUUAAGUGAUAUACUAGGACAAAGAAAUACUGUACAUUCACCUCUCUUUUCAGUUCCAGAGAAAUACUUUCUCUUUAUUGAUGUUCUUUAAAAUGAUUUGUAUAAAACACUUCACAUAUAAAGAUCACAUGCACACCUUAAAGGGAUAGUUCACCCAAAAAUGUAAAUUCUCUCAUCAUUUACUCACAUUCAAGUCAUCCCAGAUGUGUAGGACUUUCUCUCUUCUGCUGAACACAAACAAAGGUUUUUAGAAGAAUAUCUCAGCUCUGUAGAUCCUUACAAUGCAAGUGAAUGGUACCAACAUUUUGAAGGUCCAAAAGGAGAUAAAUCCCACAUAAAAGUAAUCCAUACAACACCAGUUGUUAAAUCUAUAUCUUCAGAAGCUAAAUAAGUUUGUGUGAGAAUUAAGUCCUUUUUUUACUAUAAAGUCUCCCCUCUGCCCAGUUGGUGGUGAUAUGCACGAAGAAUGUGAAUCUCCAAAAGCAAAAGAAGAAUUUGGCCAAAUAUGUCCAGUGGAAAUGGAGAUUUAAAAAAAACAAAAACUUAUCUGUUUCUUUCCCACACCUAUAAUAUCGCUUCUGAAUAUAUAGAUUUAACUUAUGAAUACUUUGUUGCUGCCUUUAUGUCCUUUUGGGUCAAUGGAUUAUAUUAACUUGUAUAAUAUGGAUCUACAGAGCUGAGAAAUUCUUCUAAAAAUCUUUAUUUGUGUUCAGCAGAAGAAAGAAAGUCAUACACAUCUGGGAUGUAAAUGAUGAGAGAAUUUAAAUUUUUAUGUGAACUAUCCCUUUAAGUAUCAUAGCGCAAAUGCAAGCAUACACUCACCCACCUGGGUUUCAUCUAAAAAAAACAAUAUAUAUUUCCAAGUCACAUUUCCCACCAAAACUCAAGAGAAAAAAUUUGUUAACUAUAUUUUGCAUAAUAGGACCAUUAAGAUUUUUUGCAUUUUUACAUUAUUUUAUUGACCAUUAAGCAAAUGUUUGCCCAGAUUCUCAUUACUGCAAUGUGAAAUUACUUUAAUCAUUUUUAUUUUAUUUAAAUCAGCAUAAAUAAAAGGUACAAUAAAUAAAAUGAUGUAUAAAUAAUUUAUAAUAUAAUAUAAUUCUGUUUCAUUUUGCAUUACAGUACUGGGAAAUGGGGCCUGGGAGUGCAUAACUGUCAUAAAAAUAAAGUGACGAAGCAAAAAAUCGUAAUAGUCCUUAAUACAGGCUUCAUUUUGUUUAUGCAAAAUAUAUUGUAUUCUUUUUUUAUCUUUUGACAAGGUGAAAUGUGACCUGGACAUGUUAUUCAUAACUUUUAUUAAGAUUCACCCGCCCAAAGAUCCGUUCACAUACACACUUACACUUCCACUCUUAUCCUAUAUUUCAUUUAUAUGGUAAGCACUGUAUUUACCCAGUGAUAGCAAGAUUAAUUAAUGGUUUUAGUAAUUAUGAACUCAGUGAGGAUGAAAGAUAGAGUGACCCGUCUCUCACAAUGAUGCCUCAGCAGAGGGGAGAAGAGAGUGGGGUAAAUUCAUAUGGCAAUUAAUGGAGUCCUGUACAUCACUGUCAAAUGGCUUUCCACACCACUGCGCAAUUACACACUCCCCUUCUACCCUCGCUAUAAAUGCAGUUAUAUGUUUAUUUUUUAACACACUGCAUAAACUCCAUAUAUGCUUGUUGUCAGUAGUUAAUAUGAAUGUCUUGUACUGCACCUAAGGCACUUAAAAUGCCAUAUUUAAAUGUGCUGUGUGGGAAAUGGACUGGUCAGUGAUUUUAUAGCACGAUUAAACUGG